GGUCAUGUCUUUUAAAAUCACCGUCAUCCUUGACCCAGCUUUACAAGAAGCUCCAUCUGGUAUUUCUUCUUCCACAAGUUCUCCAUCCAUUCCUGGCGUCCUUCAUAUUCUACAUUCUACAGACAAAUCGCCCUUCUCCCAUAUCCAUUCUACCAUAUCCACAGAACCUCAGAAUGAUGGAUUCAAUUAGUCUGGCUCACAGUAGCUUACUCGACACCAGGAUUGAUUCUCAGAGAACUCUGGACCCCUAUGUGACAGGCACAUCAGUGGUUGGAAUUAAAUACAAGGAUGGUGUACUACUGGUUGCUGAUAUGGGAGGUUCUUAUGGGUCCACCUUGCGGUACAAGAGUGUGGAGAGAUUGAAGCCUGUUGGGAAACACACGAUUGUUGGUGCAAGCGGUGAGAUUAGUGAUUUCCAAGAGAUUUUGCGCUACCUUGACGAGCUAAUCUUGUAUGACAAUAUGUGGGAUGAUGGGAAUUCUUUGGGUCCCAAGGAAGUUCACAACUAUCUGACCCGUGUUAUGUAUAACCGGCGCAAUAAGUUCAAUCCUCUUUGGAAUUCCCUUGUCCUUGGUGGUGUGAAGAAUGGGCAGAAGUAUCUUGGAACGGUAAAUAUGAUUGGUGUGCACUAUGAGGAUGACCAUGUGGCUACUGGAUUUGGGAAUCACCUUGCUCGUCCCAUUCUGCGUAAAGAAUGGAAUGAGAAUAUGAGUUUUGAAGAAGGUGUCAAGUUAUUGGAGAAAUGCAUGCGUGUGCUUUUGUACCGUGAUAGGUCUGCUGUGAACAAGAUCCAGAUUAUGAAAAUCACCGAGGAGGGGGCAACCGCAUUCCCACCGUACUCAUUAAGGACCUACUGGGGUUUCACUGCUUUUGAGAAUCCAUCAUCUGGUGCUGAAGGCUCAUGGUAGUAGUCACCGACUCACCGGCUCCUAGACGGGGUACCAAGAAAUGGAGUGGUUCAGCAGUCUCUUGUUGUUUUUACACUAUUGAUCUGACUUUUAAUUGCUUAAUUAACUGUUUACUGUUGUUGACUUAAAAAAGCCCGACUUGACUUUAUGAACAAUGUUCUAUCUUGUUUCCCCUAUGUGUUUUUGAAUUGAGCAAUGGCAUACUUUCUUCAUUUU